AUGCAUCGAUUCAAGAUAUACAAGAUCCAAAUGUGCAAGUAUGCACUAAUAAACAAAUGCGAUAGAGGAGAGAACUGUACUUUUGCUCAUGACAUCAAUGAAUUAAGAAUAAAGCCAGACAUGAGAAAAACAAAAUUAUGCAAGAGUUAUAUUUUAGGAAAAUGUACUGACCAUAGUUGUAUAUAUGCCCAUUCUGUGAAUGAAUUGAGGGAAGUAGGAAAGCCGGCAAUCUGCCAGCUUCAUCGAGAAGGGCGGUGCAUAAAGGGGAACCAGUGCCGGUUUGCACAUUCGAUAAACGACAUAAAUACAAAGCUAGUUCAAUUUUAUGAUUGUGAAGAGAAUAUGAUUAGUGAUAUAAAUAGUGUAUCAAAUUGUGAUAACUCUUUGAGUAACAUAAGUAAGGGGAAACGAUUAAUAUUGAGCAAUAUGAAGGGAUACCAAAACAUACGCGAUAAUAAUUCAAACUUUGAAAUAGAAUAUAAUAUGAUUAAUAAGAGAAAUGAAUUAUUAGAUGUAAUGUUAAUGGAAAAUAGUUCCAAUUCAUCAGUUCUAUCAAACAAUCUUGCUAUUAAUAAUUUUGUGACUAAAAAUGUGCAAAACAUAAACAGAACAAAUCUAGUAAAAACAAAACCAAACAAUUUCGCAUCAACUAUUUAUAUAAAUGAAAAAAAAAAUGAUAUUAACAAUCAAAAUGGAAUAAUAAAAAAUACAAAAUUAUCAAUAAUAAAUAUGAGUGAUAAUGUAAAAAAUGGAUCUUUUGUUGAAAAUUUAAAUUGUGUGUUACAGAACAGUUGUGAGAGUAGUAGCAGUAAUGCCCAAACUGGAGGAAGGAGAAAUGGAGGAAGGCAAAACAAUCCAGUCCCUACUUGUGUUGAGAAGAAUGAGACAGAUUCGGGUUUAGUAAAUAAUAUUUCACUUUUAAGACAGUCUAUAAAUUUUCAAAAAAAAACACCAUAUAAUUAUGUAGAAGAAGAAGAUGUAAUAAAUAAUAAUGUUGAAUUUAAAUAUAGUAAUACACAAAAUAGAAUAAAUAAUAAUAUAAUAGAAAAUUAUGAGCAUAUGAAUAAUUUGAUGGAUGGAAAUAAUUACAUUAAAAAAAAUAAUUUGAAUUAUGUUAAUUUAUGCUAUAAUCGUUUCCAAGAUAUGUCCAUAGAAACAAGUCCUAUUCAAUUUGAUGAUAUAAAAAAUGAAAAUAAAAAAAAAGAAAAAACAUAUAAUUAUAAAUUAAAUAAAUCGUACACAAAUGAUUAUUUACUAACUAGUAGAGAAAAUGGUACUUACGAUUUUGAUGGAUAUAUAUCUAGUAGUAAUGUUGAUGAAAAAUAUGAGAAUAAUUUAUACUUAGAUUUAAAAAAUAAAAAAAAUAAUUUAUCGACCCAAACAAAUAUAAAUUAUUAUGAAAAAAAAGAUUUAAAAAAUAAUGAUUUAUAUUAUUCCGGAUUUAGAGAAAUAUGUGAAUUUAAUUUGGGGAGUAAUAAUGAGGGGAAUAGUACACAUUGUGUAGAUACAGUGGGUUCUAUGAGUAUAGGGAAUGGGUUCGAGUUGCAUCUAAAGAAUGUGAAUGAUCAAGAUGUUCAUAAAGAGAGAGAUGAACAAAAUAAAAUAAGAGAAACAGAUUAUAAAAUAAAUGAAUCCUGUUGUGGUGAAAAUGUAAAUGAAUUUUUAAACAAUAAUAAAUAUUCGAGUAAAAUAAUGCAAAAUGUAUCAGAAGUUUCAACAUCUAAUUUUGUUGGAAAUCGUUUUGAAUGUGAAAAAGAUGAAGAAAGAAAAUGUGCGGAAUUAGAAAGUAUCACGUUUGAUGUUUCAGGAAAUAAUAUUACUUCAAGUUUGAAGUUUCCAGCAUUUGAAAAAUUUGUUGUAUCAGAUAAAGAGGAGGAAAAGGAGAUAGGGAAUAUUGGAAGUGGUUCGAAUUUUAAAAUGGAUAGGAUAGAAGGACAAGUUGCAAACAAUGAAUGUUUUAAAGAGAGUAUGAUUUAUAAGUUUGGUGAAAAUAAAACAGAAUACUUAGAUACUAUUAAAUUAGGUGGGUUAGAUAAGACAAUAAUAAGAAGAAAUAAUAUGGGAGGAAAUAAAAUUAAAAACAAUUUUAUUUAUAGAGACGAAGAUAAAGAAAGUAGAAGUAGUAGAAAUUAUUUUGGAACCGAUAAAAUGGUUAGUAAUAUAAAUCUUGAGAGUAGUGAAAAAGAAUAUGUUGAAGGUGACAUGUGUUUUAAAAAGUAUAGAUCAAAAUGGGAAGAAAAAAAAAUAGAAAAUGAAGAUAUGAAUUAUUAUGAUGGAUUUGAAAUAUCGAUGAAUAAAAUUCCUAAAACAAAAAAUAAUACAUCUGUCUCUAAAUCAGUAGAAACAUCAAUGAACCCACAUAUGAUUCCAUAUGAUAAAAAUAAGAUGAAACCAUUUAAUAAUUUAAGUAGUAAUAAUAAUAAUAGAAGUAAAGAGAACUCGAGAGAUGCUACAAACCUGUUGAGAGGUAUGAUCAAUCCAAUAGAAUCACCAAACAAGUUGAUUAAUUUUGAUAAGAAGUUAGGAAAUAUGGGGGAAGGAAAUGAUGUAGAAAAUGAAGGACGUGAAAAUAACUGGGACUAUAUGAUACGUAAAUUUUCAGAUGAUCAAAAAGAAAAAAAGAAAGAAAAAAAAAAAAAAAAAAAAAAUGAUGAUAGUAUUGAAAUUGGUGAAAAUGGAUAUUCAUAUCUUAAGAGGGAAGAUAUGUAUGACAAUUAUUCUGUGGAAAAAAUAGACAACGAAAUUGAAAAUGAUAUAUACAAUAUGAAUGACAUUAAAAAGGUAGUGAUAAAUAGUAAGAUAGAACAUUUAGGUUACUUACCAUUUAAUAAAAAUGUCAAAAAAAAUGUGAUAGAGAAUGAAAAUUAUGUUUCCGAAUUUGAUUGUUGUAGAGGGGGUGAAAAUUUUGAAAGUAAACAGAAUGAAAUAGAUAGCAAUGUAAUGACAAAAGAUUGUAAAAGCUUUUAUGAUAAUAAUUAUAGUGGCGUUCCUAUGUCUAUCCUUACAAGAACCCAUCGUGAUAAUAAUUCUGCAUCUAAAACAGAAGGAAGAAAGAAAAGUUGUUUGUUAAUUCAAAAUGAAGAACCCAAUCAAUGGGAUCAAAAAUGUGAAAAUGUAAAUAAUAAAAAUGAAAAAAUGAAUGGAAGUAUUAUAAAAGGGAUAUUAUCAAAUUUUAAUGAAAUAAAUAAUGAACUUUUAAAUCCAGGAAAAAGUAUAUGUUUAGAUAAUAAAAAGAAAAACAUAAAUCAGAUAAAUAAUGUAGAAGUAAAAAAUAGUUCCUUAACUACUUCAAAUGUUUAUAAAAAAGAUAAUGGGUGUCCUGAUUUUUAUAAUCAUGAAGAGGGAAUAUAUGCAAAUGAAAUAUUUUCACCGAAUCCUUUUUUCGAAGUACAAAGAUAUUUUGACUCUCCAUGGGUUUAUGAAAAAAAUGAAAUGGAAAAUGCUAACACUCAUAAUGGCAAUAUAGUUAGUAGUAAUAAUAAGCAUGUCUCUCCUACCCCUUACACUCAACAUAAUUAUAAAAAUAAAACAAAUAAACAAGAAAAUAAUAUUAGCUUUAAAGCAAAUGCAAGUAUAAAUGAUGAAGUUUUUUAUGGGCACAUGAAUCAGGAAUAUAAUAUGUUUUUACAAAAUGGAAAUGAAGUUGAAAAUUUAAUAAAUGAUACAAAUUAUUUAAAUAAUUUAUACAAUACUAAUCAGUAUAAUGUUAAUAAGGGUGGUGAUUUCUGGGGUCAACCAAAUUUUUUUAAUUAUGGGAUAGAGAAUAAUUUUGAUGAAAAUAAUGGGAGUAUAAAUGAAACAAACAAUAAUAAGGACACACAUUUUAACAAUGAUUUUUUUUUAGAGAAUAAAGACUUUCCUUUGAAUGAUGAAGAAUAUUCCAUGAAUUUUUGUGGAGACAUGGUUUUUAAUUUUGUAAAGAAUGCCGAGUAA